GUCAAUAGCCUAUUCAACACAACUAGCUACAAUAAUGGAACCAAUUGACCAACAAUAAUUACAAUGGGGCCAGCGUGCUUCCAUGUUCUAUAGCACCCCAUGCAGGCUAAUAUUCAAUGCUGCUGCUAUAUGUACCAAAUCGACAUACACACAUUAUACAUACAAAACAAUUAUGACCCAUAAAUAUCUUGCUCUAAUUAUCCAAUUCUUUUAUUUUUUAUUAUUUCAUUUGAAUAUUGAUGAAAAUUCAAAUGAAGAAAUUGGCCUGAUAUUGAAAUUGAAGGUGUGAUUAUUAACAAACUCAAAAUUGAAAUGAAGAAAAUUAGGGAAGGGCGAUCAUUGGCUGAAACACCCACCUGGGCUGUUGCCACUGUUAUAACCCUUUUGGUUACCAUUGGGAUCUUGAUUCAUGGCGGUUUGAAGAAAUUUGGGAAGUGGUUGGAUAGGACAAAAAGGAAGCAUCUACUCGCUGCGCUGGAUAAAAUCAAGGAAGAGCUAAUGGUGUUUGGGCUUCUGUCGUUGUUGAUGGGACAUUGGAUAGUAUUUGUGGCGAAAAUAUGCGUGAAGUCGUCGUCAAUGAGUAGCCGAUUCUAUCCGUGUAGACCUCCGAUUGAGUAUGUGAAACAUCAAUCUUUUGAUGAACAAAGAGUUGUUUUAAGGUCUGAACAUUUGAAUUUCUCAACUGGACGAGUGUUGUUGGAAGACGAUCAUCAUGAUUAUUGUCCUAAGGGUCAUCAACCAUUUGCUUCAUACGAGAGCCUUGAACAACUACAUCGGUUCUUGUUUGUCCUGGGAGUUACUCAUGUCUCUUAUAGUUUCUUAGCCAUUGCACUUGCCAUGAUCAAGAUCUACAGCUGGAGGACAUGGGAGAAUCAUGCCAAGACUAUGGCCCUUCGUGGCUUGCUCACCGCAGAUACUUGUGCUGAAGAUGCUGGAUCGGAUCAUGCGCGUAUGAGGCGCCUAUCGAGUUUUGUAACUCAUCACACCUCUCACCCGUGGAGUCAGCACAAACUUCUCGUUUGGCUGCUUUGUUUCAGCCGUCAAUUCUGGAGCUCGAUUAGCCAAGCCGACUACAUGGCUCUGCGACUAGGCUUUAUUACCACUCAUCAAUUACCUUUCACUUAUGACUUCCAUAACUACAUGCUUCGAAGCAUGGAAGAAGAAUUUCGAGAUAUUGUCGGCAUUAGUAUCCCGCUCUGGAUUUUUGCUAUUAUGUGCACUGUUCUAGCCUUUCAUGGAACAAAUAUCUACUUCUGGAUUUCUUUCCUCCCCGUUGGAUUAAUCCUUCUAGUUGGUACAAAGCUGCAUCGAAUAGUCGUAAAGCUGGCUGUAGAAGUAAUGGAUUCAAGUCGGUGGAGAGUAUUCGAACAGUUCAAUCUGAGGGACGAGCUUUUCUGGUUUGGCAAUCCAAGGCUUCUUCUUCGCUUGAUACAAUUUGUAUCUUUCCAGAAUGCAUUUGAAAUGGCGUCAUAUAUAUGGUCAUUGUGGGAAGUAAGGGAACCAUCGUGUUACUCCGGAGAUGAUACCCUCCUACUAAUUCGCUUGACAUUUGGAGUUAUAUCACAGUUCUGGUGUAGCUUUAUCACUUUCCCUCUCUAUGUUAUUGUAGCUCAGAUGGGUUCAAAGUUCAAGAAAACGAUCGUAUCUCAAAACGUGAGGAAAUCGCUUAGAGGGUGGCGAAGGAAGGUGAGGACUAGACAAGAUGGACCAGCUUUCACUCUACUAACUGUGACGUCAUCUUUGGACGACUCCGUUUCCCGUGUGGGAGAAAAACACUUGGAAAAUAUCUCAACCGCACGAAAUGAAAAUCAUGUUGAUGAUCAAGAGAUCAAAGCUAGUGAUGAUGCUAAUCCUCAUCUUAUACUUACGUCAAAAUGAUCAUAACCGCUCGUUCCUGUCUAAGAUUAUUUUGUAUCGGUCACUUACUAGAUUUUGUUGUAUAUGAUGAAAUGAUCUAUUUGCCCACCAACAUGAUAAUGCUGUAUAAAAAUGGAUUUAUAUUUAAACCAUAGGCCGUUUUCUAUUUUUUUGGAAAUGAAACGGUUUCGGUUGUUGCAUUAGAAAAGCUGAGGAAAUUGCCAUAUUGUUGUAUAUGAUAAAAUGGUCUAUAUGUUUUUUUUUU